UGGGAAUGUCCGGUUCCCUCAACAUUAACGACGGAACCAAACCUCCAAAAUUAAACCAACGAUAUUCAAACUUCUCUUGGUGCGACAAGAGGGUCUGCUUACAUGGCCGAUAUUGAAGAAAUGGCGAGCGCGAAAAGUACGGGUUUGCUGGCAGUACUCGACUGUUGUCGUUAGCAGAAGUUUGGCAAGCAACUAGACACAGAGUGGUUUGAGCGGAAGCCCUUCCCUUACAUGUUUGAGAAGAAGAAUCUUGUAAAGGCGCAGCGCAUCCAAAUCGAAAUACACUGGGCAAACGAAUCAGCACGGCUCGACGAAGCUUGCUGCCUAAUAAGCCAAUGGUGUGUUGUGUUGAAGUGGUGCUUGUAGAUUGUGGCUUAAGCCUUGCCUUCAGCGCGAUUUGCUUUUCUUGCUCUGUCUUUCUCUUCUUUGCUCCGAGUACUGCCCAUCAAAUUUGAAACGCAGCUAUCACCAUCCCAAGUAUGCCUACAAUAACUCUCUGUCGCUUUGGCGUUGAUAAACAACUGUCUCUGCAUGAGGUAACUCUCGAGUCGUCUUCAUAUAUUGCCAUAUCACACAUAUGGGCUCAAGCCUCGUGGACGAAAAUCCCAGGAAUAGCGGAAAAGGUUCUCGUGUCUCCACAGAAAGCUAGAUUUAUCCAGGACAGAUUGCCAGCUUUGGUUGGCCAUUUACUAUUUUGGAUGGACGUCUUGGUCGUGGACCAGUCUAACAAGGACGCUAGAUUAGCCGUUGUCGAGCAUAUUCCCGCUGUCUACAUGAAUGCAACGAAAACCAUUGUUGUAAGAGAAGACGGUGGCUUCGGUCCAUGCUGUGAGAGUUUGCUAGACCUGAUAGACGAUGAGAAGUGGAACGUCAAUCGCGUCCGUGGGGCAAAUGGGCAACUCGAAGAUUAUGACAUAGCCAGCAACGCAGCUAAACAUCUCAAAUCUCAUCAUCAACAUGGCCUUGAUGAAAUCUGGUCACAUCGACUAUGGCCUCUACAAGAGACAAAUCUCUCCCAGACAAUUCAAUUCACUGUCUGUGAAAACGCCAAGCGGGCCAAAUCUUCCGUCACGUGGGAGAAGGCAUAUUUGGAACUUACUGAGCUUGAUAAGGCCGCUGAGGCAUGGGUCGAGCGCGGGCAGUUCAUUUGGCCUGUUGGGGAAGAGGAAAAUCCUGAUGAACAAGAACAAACCAUGGUACUGAAGAAAGAGUUCAUGCGCGCUAUGCUAAACAACGGCACAGUCACUCGCUCCUCGGAGCCAGUACCGGAAGGGAAAGCAUCUGUCUUUCAUACCUUAGUUGGUUCUUUAACCAGCUCCCGAGAGACCACUAAAGCCAGAGAUUUUGUCUUGGCACUCUUUCCAUCAUAUUCGUGGUACACUAUUCCUCCUAAUGUCAGAGACAUGGAAUUCGGAGAAUUGUGGGUCGAUUGUGUAACACAGUUCCAAACCUUUCACGAGCAGCCAUUUCUAAAUUUGAGUGUGAAACCUAAAUUGACCCUGGGAAUCCUGGGACAUACCGAAAUUAGUGCGGAGGAAUCUCAGAAGCCUUCUGCAGAUAUACCUUAUCCAAGGUGUUUGGGUGAUUUUGCAAGAUUGGCUUAUUUUCUUGGCAAUCGCGAGCCAUAUCUAGACGCAUCUCGACGGGGCACCUGGAGAAUACAAAAGAUGACAGAGCUUGACGAUUUAAACGAUAUUCUAGCCAUUGUCAGUGAAACGGUAUACCGUACGCGGAUUUUUAUUUUCAACGAAUGGAUAUCUCAAUAUUCUGUAUGGGCCACACAGCAAAAGUCAAGCGACGAGCAGCUGCUCUUCAAGCUACGACUUAAAAGGAUGGCUCGUGCUGUUGCAGGGCGCGGCGACAAGGCCUCUGAUGAAUCCGACGACACAAUAAGGAGACUGGAAUACGAGCUUGCAGUACUAGGGGAUAAAGGAGCCGCAAAAUGCUUCACGGCAAUUAUAGGGAUGUAUGUUCGACUUAAUCGGGAACUCGAUGAAAGAACACAGGUUCCAAGGGUUGCAAAGGCAUCGUGGGACCAGAUUGUAGAAUUGGCUAAAGAGCACGAUACUCCGUUUUGGAGAACAUCUUUGUUACACCUAGCGGCAAUAGUCUCUUGUGGACUAGGCUUCAGUUCACUUUCGUGGUCUCGGGAUAGGCUUUCUCCCUAUCUCGCGAGUUACCACGAAGAUGGCCAGCGCAAUGCUUUGAUUCAAACACUUAUGAUAGCUUCCCCAAAUCUCACGAUACACAGGUCGGAUGAGAUUAAUCUUUUCACCAAUCCUCAUGACCCGUAUGUGGUUAAGAAAUCGACAGAAGAGAAUGGUGCACCUAGGGUAAUUGGGGCAGCAAUAGAGUGGCAUCAUGAAGAUAGGGACGAUUUUAAAAUUGUUCUCUAUAAUGGCUGCCCUCUUGCCUUGCCUUGCAAUGAUCCUGGAUCUACACCAGACGAGUGGAUAUGUCUUUUCACGCAUGGUGACUACAAUGAAGCAAUUCGGUCGUUGAUGGGAAGUCCAGGAGUUUCUAGGGCUGCAAAUUUGCCUUUUCUUAUCCUUUAAUAUGUACAUCCUUUAAUAUGUACAGGAGC